AUGGCGGGCGUCAAGAGAUCCCUCGCAGCCAUGAUGGCCCACGACGGCGUCUCUCCUGGCGUGUCGAGCGACUCCAGCCCUGCAUCGCGACAUGGCUUCACACCGUCGCAUGGCCCGAAGAGCGCCUCAAGGACCCCGACACCGCCGCUCCGUCCCGUCCGUGGAGAUAUCCCCUCCUUCACAUCCGAUGCGUCCAUUGUCAUCGUCGGCGUUCGCGGCGCCGGCAAGUCCACCUUGGCCAUCAUGGCAGCAUCCGCGUUGAAGAAACGCAUAGUCGACCUGGAGACGGCGUUCCAACGCGCCACAAGCUUGUCAAGCGCGGGCUUCAAGCAAAAGAAUGGGACGGCCGAAUGCCAGGCGAGGCAAGCCGAGGUCCUCGAUGAUGUUUUGCGCCAGAACCCCGCGGGCGCCAUUGUUGUUUGCUCCUGGAUGGAGCGCCGCAUCCAGGACUUGCUGCGUCGGUUCGCCGCAACGAACCCCGUCGUCCAUGUCGUUCGCAGUGUCGACGCCAUCCAAGACUACCUCAAGAUUGCGGACAAGACCACGGCGCAAAAUCUGCUCAACAUGACCAACUUUUACUUCCGCACAUGUACCAAUCUCGAGUUCUUUAAUGUCUCGGAGAUUCAUACAGCAACACGCGGCCGAGAAGAGCCGGAUGGCGCGACACCAGCGGCACCUCCACCCUAUCUCGCCUUGCAACAAGCUGAAAGGCACUUUCUCAAGUUUCUGUCCCUCAUCUACCCGGCGGGAACGAUACCCUUUUUCGAGUCAGCCUUUCCAUUGGCAAGCAUCUCUCCGGAACAGCGACAGUUUACGUACGCGCUGUCUCUGGACAUGCGCGAUGUGCUAAGCGGCCACGCUGAGUGGCAUGACUCUACUGUCGGCGUGGAUGCCGUACAGAUCUUUGUCAACAGCCUGGUGGUGGCCAGAGGCGGCAGCGCAAUACCGGACCUGUUCCCUGUCAUUGCCAACGACAUUACCGAGGCUGUCGCCGUCGUCAGGCGAAGCACGAUGCUGCCGAUUCUGCUUCACAUCAAGCUGCCAGAGCAAACAAUUGACGAAGUACUGCGGCUCUACCUGGACCUCUUGACACACGCGCUGUGCUUGGCGCCCGAAAUGCUCACUGUCGACCUUCGCCUGGACAGCGCGGACAUUUCGAGAAUCAUGUCUGCCAAGAGGCGCUCCAAGCUGAUCGGAAAUUACUUUACCUCUACGGACACACAGCCGUGGGACUCGCCGACCUGGCUGUCGUGGUACCAAAAGGCUUGCCGGAUGGGGUGCGACAUGGUCCGCUUGGUACGGUUCGCGAUGGCAAUGGAAGACAAUUUUGCCAUUUCGCGGCUGCGGGCCAGGGUCUCUUUGCUCGAAGGGGAUGGUAUUCCCCUCAUCGCGUACAACUCGGGGCCCAUUGGCCGUCACUCGACGUGCUUCAACCCCAUCCUCACACUUGUGGCGGCGAAGCCCGUGGAUCCAAGUAACGCUGGGCAGGCGCCCUUCCCCUACAUCACGGCCAAAGAAGUCACGAGGGCUCUGUACUCCUCCUUUGUAUACGACUCAAUGAAGCUGUACGUGUUCGGCGCCAAUGUCGGUUACAGCAUGUCGCCGGCGAUGCACAACGCGGCGCUCGCGGCUUGCGGCAUACCGCAUCGCUAUGAGCCGUUCUCGAGCGCGUCCCUGAGUGGCGUUAAGCAACUCCUUCAGGACCCCAACUUUGGCGGAGCGUCGGUCGGGUUGCCGUUCAAGGUCGAAGUCAUUACGCUCACGCACUCCCUUAGUCCGCACGCCCAGGCCAUUGGCGCCGUCAACACGCUCAUCCCCAUCCGACAGCUCAACCAAGAUGGGUCGAUUCCCACGGGUGCCGACCUUUUUCGGGGGGUCAACCGGGCUGGGCCAGUCCAGGCUCUCUAUGGAGAAAACACGGACUGGAUAGGUGUUCGAGCUUGCAUUCGGCGUGGGCUGUCGCCGGCAAACGCGGUGCGACCGACUACAUGGGGCCUGAUCAUCGGAGCCGGCGGCAUGGCCCGCGCUGCGACGUACGCCAUGCUGCAGGUCGGCGUCAAGAACAUUGCCAUCUACAACAGGACACCUGCGAACGCAGAGAAGAUGGCUGCUCACUUCCGGCAGCUGCUCCAGAAAAGGGACUUUGAGCUGCUUAGCAACGGGUCCGAGACGCAAUUCCGCAUCCUCCAGUCAUUGAACGAGCCAUGGCCCUCUGACUGCCGACUGCCGUCCAUCAUCAUCUCCUGCAUCCCUACCCACCCCAUCAGAAACACCCCAUCGCCCGAGUUCGAGCUUCCCGAGCAGUGGCUCGGCCACCAGACGGGCGGCGUCAUCAUCGAGCUCGGGUACAAGACGCUCAACACGCCUCUGCUGGCGCAGGCCCGCAACGCCGCCUCACGCGGUUGGGUCGCCAUGGACGGUCUGGACCUGCUGCCGGAACAGGGCUUUGCACAGUUUGAGCUGUUUACGGGCAGGCGGGCGCCGCGGCGGGUCAUGAGGCGCGAGGUGCUGGAGAAUUACACAGACGAGGAGGGGAGGUCGCAUCUGGCGGAGCUGCACGGGAGGCUGCGGUCUAUUGUUGAGCAGGAUUCAUGA